AUGCGCGUGCUACAUUUCGUGCUGGCCAUUGUGGCCGUCUCGGUGUCUAUCUACAAUGGUGUCUCGAUCGCUGCUCGGACCGCGCUGAAGUCGGAUUCAAAGGACUAUAUCGCGCUCAGAGGUAAUAUUGCAAAUGCUGAGACGGAUUCGGAAGAAAGAAAAGGAGGCGUAGGUGGUGGACGUGGUGGGCGCGGAGGGCGCGGAGGACGUGGGGGUGGACAAGGGAGAGUGUAUCGGCCAGUAGCAGGAGGGCAUGGAGGACUUGAAGAAGAAAAAGUUGUCGAUUUGCCACCUGGAGUUCACGUUGGUCCGGUAUUCGGUGGUCCCCAUGGUGGUCACUACACAGACCUAGCCUUGGUUAAGUCUGGACAAAAAGUGUUGUCCAUCAACCUACGCGCUGGGGAGCGCGUCGAUGCCAUUUACCUCACCAUCUUGAAUCCAUCGGGGGAAGAGACUAUCUUGUUCCAUGGCGGUCAUGGUGGUACCCUGAAAACCCCUUUGGUGUUAGGUAAGGGUGAAUACAUCACUGGCAUGGAGGCGCACGAGGGAAAGCACAACAAGCGUACGCGCAUCCAGUACGUCAAGUUUAUCACCAAUUUGGGGAAUUCUAUCGAAGGCGGCACACGGACGAAAAAGAUUGGAACGGAUACUGCGCCGAAUGGCUGUCAGUUGGGUGGUUUUGUUGGCAGAAGCGGUAACGAGCUUGAUCAGGUCAGUGCCAUCUGGACAAGCAUUCAGCCUGCGGCGUAG